UUCCAUUUGAAGUAACGAUAAAAUUGUAGAUACCUGAGUGCCCCGUUGUGGAGCUUUGGUAUACGAGUGCAGUUUCGUCUGCGCUUUUUAGUUGCAAUAAUUUAAUAUUUUCUGUGUGUAAUCCCCUAGUGUUCAAUAUGUGUGUGGGAAGAGUGCUCGAUAGUGAUAAUAACGUGUGCCAGUUGACCGAUAGGACUAGGAUACAGAAUUUUCCCAAAGAUAACGAAAAUUAUACGGUACCACCUGAAGAAGAUGUACAGUUUUCCGAAGAUAUUUUGGCGCUGUCUACCCGAUAUACCAAAGACGUGCUUUUCUGGCUAAAUGAAUCUUACAAAUCAUUCAAAAAAACCAACGUAUACAAAAUUUUAUGCCACACCACGCAACCGGCUCAUCUCGUAAUAUCACUGGCAGUUCUUUGUUUGGCAUUUUUAUGCUUCUCGAAGUCGCAGAAACCUCAAGCCGCUACCGUGUCUCCUCUGUGGACUUUGGUGUACUUAGGUUCAUUCAGUACACACUUUGGAGCUCAAAUAUGGAUGACAUUUGUAUCCGGCUUGGCAUUGUUUUUCACCAUGCCGCGGCACAUAUUCGGAAGCAUUCAAAAAGUGCUGUUUCCGAAAUAUUUUUUCCUCAACGCUACUUUGAGCCUCCUGACACUAGCCGUAUUUCUGAGAGCCAAGAACACCGAGUUAAGAACAUUGGAAAUUGGCAUUCAGGCGAUUGGGAUGUCGGUAUGCUUCUUGACAGAGCUAGUGAUCUACCUCUACCUCACACCUCCUCUCCUCAGUUUGAUCACAAUCAAAACUGCGAUCGAGAAGGAGGCCGGAGUGGGGAUGGAAGUUGGAAAAUUCGAUCCAGGAAGGCUUAGGAAUUGCACUCACUAUUUGAAAAUUCACAAGACUUUUAGAAAAGUACACAUGACGAUCGCUAUUGGAAAUAUUGUAACUAUGGCGUGUACUACUCUUCACUUGUAUUAUUUAGCAAGUAAACUCUGCAUUUUUACAUUCUAGUUGUAUGUAAUUUAUGUGCUUAUUUAUUUUUUUGCGAAAUAUUAGUUUUAGAGAUAUUUAUUUAAAAUUGUUCUUUUAGGCUGUUAUUUUUUAGUGCAAAUCAGUAUUACUGCGUGUUGUGCAAACUAGUACAAUCGUACAUUGUUCCUUUUUUUAUAAAAAGACAAUUAAUAGUACACUUUUUAAUAAAAAA